AGAAUGUCCACAAAUACCAAAACCUAAACUCGAUAAAAGCAAAAUAAUUGUGAAAUAUGCAUGAAAAGUUUUUCAUUGUAAAUUAAAUGUUUAUUUCAGAAUGCAAUAUUAGCAUUAAUGCAAGAGUUGUUUGCGAGCUAUUUGUUACGAUUGUGGAAGAAAAGGAUUAGUAUUUACUUAUAUUAAUUUGAGGUCAUCAAUUUUGAUCUCAAAAAAGAACAUAAAGUUUGUCCAGUUUGCAAAAAUGAGUAGGAAUAUUUAGAAAAGCUGAUAAACGAAAAGAAAUUACAAUACAAUAAAAAUUCUCUUAAUACUAAAGAAUGGCUUCAAUAUAAUUGUAUUGAUAAGUAUAAGAUAUGAUGAUUUAGAGCUAAAGAGUUAAUAAUUAACGAUUAUUAUUAUUAAAAACUAGAAGAAAGCAAAAAAAAUUUAACACAACAAGACUAUGAGAAUCUUAAAUUAAUCAAACUCUACGUAAUUCAAGUAUAAGAUUAUUCAUUAAAUCAAGAUGCGCUCUUAAUUUAAAUAUUCCAUGAUAGAAUUCGACUAUUAUUUGACUAAAUAUUUGAUCAAAGAUUUGAUUAAAGAUAAGACUUAAGAAUAGAUUAAAGAGUUAUUGGAUAGUAUUAUAACCAAUUAUGUCUCUUCAGUAUUGCAAUGCUUCAUAUAUGAUAACCCCUCUAUUAAAUGUACUUAUGUAGAUUAAUUUUAUUAAUAAACUUUAGAAUUUGGUUUAGUUAACCUAGUUUUUAUUGUAUUUCCAUUCCCAACCCUUAGUUCUCUUUUUUAUCAAUUUAUUAAGAAAAGAAGGUUGCUUAAAAAGAUUAUUAGAAAAUGCUUAACAACUCUAAGAUUCAGAAAUUGAUGCUUUGCAAGAAAUUGGGAAAAAAAAUCAUUAAAUUGAGCAAACAGAUUUAUUCUUUUUCAGAAAAUAUUUAGAAAAAUAUGCUAACAGCAUGUUAUAAAGUUUAUUUAUCGAUUUUCUCAAUGUAUUAACAUUUAUAUUGCCAGGUUCCAUGCAUAAUUUAUAUUUUUGAUCGCAUUUUUAAAUAUAAGGAUUAUUCUUAAUUAGAAGAUAUUACUGCUUUGUUGGGUUAUUUAAGUUUAAAAGAUAUCAAGUUGAAAGGAUAGGAUGAUGAAUUUAUAACCAAUUAGAUACGAAAUAAUACAACAAGAUAAGAUCUCAAAAAAUAUCUAAAUAAAGAUGAUAAUGUUGAAUAAAUUUAAAAAAGAAAUACAUACACGAAAUAUGAAGAAAUAUUUUAAAGCAGUAGAUAAUCAAUUGAACCUUAGAAUGAAAUAUAAUAGAUUUUGUAAUUAAUAGAGAGUUAUGUUUUAAAAUAACAACCCUUGAGUAAUCGCCAAUAAGAAUUGAUAAAAUCACUAAAUCCAGGAUAAUUGCAAAUUAUUUAGAAUCUCAUUGAAUUACAAGGAUAAAAAGCUCAAAUUGAGUCUUAGAAUUUACCUCGUUUAAACUCUAUCAAUUAAAAUAUGCUAGAAAAAUAAGUAGUAAAUCAAGAAUCCAUUUGA